AUGGAUUUCUAUAUUUUAGGUUUGCUUGUUGCUAAACCUAAUUGGGUAGGUAAUUUUUAUACUACUACUAAAUGUGAUAGAAGUCGAUGUUGUUGUAUAUAUGGUUUGAUAACGAUGGCACGUGUUGGUUCUAAUCAACUUCGUCUUGUCACACAAGUUGACGGUACUGGAUGUCCACCAAAUCGUUAUAUUGAUACAACAAUUAGUCUUCCAACUUCAUUCAAAACUGCUGUUUAUCUUUUUGGUGGUCUCAUAGAUGUUAAAUUGAGUUCUGAUAGUCGUAUCAUUGAUGUUUCUAAUCAAGCUGCUCCACAAUGUAGUGGAAGUGCUAUUCGAUCAUAG